GCUGAACAGCUGCUUCCUGGUUCUCCACGUGCUGCCAGCAGCGCUGGAGCUGCCCGAGCCGCUGUUCUCAGCUGCAGCCAGGAUCUGCCCCCGGCCCCGCUGGGAUCCAGGCUGCAGAAUGUUUUGCUCCAGCUCAUCCCAGCCUGGCGUGGGACAGGGAAGAGAAAUGGCUGCAGUGGAGUCAGUCCAGGGGCUGGUGACCUUCAAGGAGAUGGCUAUGUAUUUCACCAGGGAAGAGUGGGCUCUGCUGGACCCCACUCAGAGAGCCCUCUACUGGGAUGUCAUGCAGGAGAACUAUGAGACUGUGACCUCGCUGGGCCAGAGAAUAACAUCCAUGUUUCGCUGCAGAUCAUCUCGUCCUCCCAGGGGCAAGGAAAUGGCUGCAAUGGAGCUGGCUCAGGGGCCGGUGACCUUCGAGGAGGUGGCUGUGUAUUUCUCCAGGGAAGAGGGGACUCUGCUGGACCCCACUCAGAGAGCCCUCUACAGAGAUGUCAUGCAGGGGAAACUAUGA